AACCCUGCUGUCUCAAUCGUCCAAUCCAGGAACAAGACAUGCAAUGAAAAUUCCUAUUUUCCCCCCAUCCCACUUCCUCAUGUUCUUUUUCUCCAGUUCAUCUAUCUCUACCCAACCAACGGGCAUGGAGCACAAACGCAACCAUGCGCCGUGCGUGCACGCCCCAUCCCGUGGAGUUGCUGUACUGUACUGUGGCUCUUGCGAUGCACUCCCAAUGACCUCAACUGCAGUCAGUGCCACAGUUCGGGCUGCAGCAUGCCCAAACGCUUUCCGGCUUAACGCGCAUGUUGGGCACCGGCGCGAAAGGGAAAAAAGGUAUGUCGCCAUGACGGAGGGGGAGGGCAGUCUCAAUUGUCCGUGCCAGAAGGAAAUAUGAUGGCAGAAAUGCACAAAGUCCUACCAAGCUGUCGACGUGGCCCAAUGGGUCCGCUUCGUCCAAUCGAAGUCAGGCACGAUUAUCAACAGAUUGAUCUCCAGAUUACCAAGCGUCCACGCAUCCGUGUGGUGCAGCAACGGCAUUCCUGAGUGGCACACUGAGAGGCGCGCCGAGCGCAUGGGAAUAAAAGCAUAGGCUUCUUCAUACCUAUUUGCUCUCGGUUACACUAGGUAACUUCAAGCACAAGUCUGAGAUUCUCUCCACUUCCAGUAUGGAAAUUUCAUUCUGUCCUUAUAGGACUCAGUUCAGCCCGUCUAAAGUGCUCUACACUGCAGUAAGCCAGCCCAUCACCUUCAAGGGCAACGCCGACGAUCUUGAGCUAUUGGAAGCUGCGAGAGUGAAGGAAGAGCUCGAGCUCGAGCAGGAAAGACAAGAACAACAACAAGAAGGAGACCCUCCAGAACCACACGAGGAAGAACAACACGCUCCCCCAGAAGCAGCAGAAGAGGUAAUUCUAGUCAACCCCGAAGACAUCAUAGAGGAAGCCCCAAGCCAACCAACCGAGGACCAACAGCCACCACCAUCAUCACCCGACCCGAAACCGCCAAACUCGGCCAUCUCAUCACAUUCCCACAAGGGAAACAGCAACUCUAAGAAGAAGAAGGAGAAGACUGUCCACUGGUUCGGCCCUCCAAUGGCGAAUAAGAAUAAGAAGAAGAAGGCGGCGGCGAAGAAGCAGAAGCUACUGCUAGGUGAUGCUUCGGAUAAUGAAGGCGCGCAGGCUGCUACUUCUCCGGAGGAUGGCGUCGAGGAGAGUGGUGGAGCAGCGGAUGAGGCAGCUGGUGAUCCUCCAGUUGAGGAGGCCCCUGCUGAUGCAACUGCCCCUGUUGAGGAAGCAGCACCAGUAGAAGAAGCAGCUCCUGCUGAAGCAGCUCCCGCCGAAGAAGCACCAGCAGACGACGCGCCUCCCGCCGAAGCAGUAGCACCAGUCGAGGAAGCACCGGCAGCAGAAGAAGCAGCCCCUGCCGAAGCAGCUCCUCCCGCCGAAGAGACACCCGCCGAAGAAGCACCCGCCCCCACCGAAGAAGUCACCCCAGAACCCGCACCCGUAAGUGACGACACGACCCCCACCGAAGACGCACCGCCCGCACCCGCCGACGAGACGCCCUCGGUAGAAAAUACCGACGAUAACCAACCCGCUCCCGCAGCAGCAGAAGAUGAGAAGCCCGCUGAGGGACAAGAAGAUGCCGCGAAGAGCGAUGAGCCUGUCGCCGGCGAUGAGAAGGAGGAGGGAGCUGCCGCUGAUGACGAGGGCGGGGAUGUUCCUGCUGAACCAGUAGCGGUUGAGGCUGAGGCUGUUGUGGAGGAGAAGGGCGAGGAGAAGCCUGCGGAGGAAGCAGCUGCUGCUGUCGAUGAGCCAGCUGCUGAGGCGGAUAAGCCUGAUGAAGCCGCCGCUGAAGAAGCAGCUCCAGUCGAGGAAGCACCUGCCGCAGAGGCACCCGCUGAAGAGGCGGCCCCUGUCGAAGAGGCCGCCGCAGCCGAAGAAAAGCCCGCUGAGGAGGCACCAGCUGCAGAAGCUCCCGCUGAAGAAAAGCCAGCUGAAGCAGAAGCACCUGCUGCUGAAGAGGCUCCCGCUGCAGAAGCUCCCGCUGAAGAAACGCCAGCUGAAGCAGAGGCUCCCGCCGCCGAAGAAGCGCCGCCGGCCGAAGAAACACCAACUGAAGCAGAAGCCCCUGCCGCCGAGGAAACACCCGCCGAAGAAGCACCUGCCGAAGCAACACCCGCCGAAGCAACACCCGCCGAAGAAACACCAGCUGAAACAGCGCCUGCGGAAGCAGAAGCUCCUGUGGAAGAGGACAAGGCUGAAGAAGCUGCUCCUGCUGAAGAGUCAAAAGCUGAAGAAGCAGCGCCAGCUGCAGAGGCACCCGCCACAGAAGUAGCAGCUGAGGAAGCACCAAAGGACGACGCUCCAGCCGAAGAAGCGCCAAAGGAGGAGGCACCGGCUGAGGCAGCACCAGCCGACGAAGCUCCAGCUGAAGAAACGCCAAAGGAUGAGGCGCCAGCUGAAGAGGCAUCGGCCGAAGAGGCACCGGCUGAAGAGGCUGCACCAGCUGCGGAGGCUAUAGUUGAAGAAGCAGCACCCACCGAGGAUGCUCCUGCGGAAGAAGCACCUGCUGCAGAAGAAGCUGCACCAGCCGAAGAGGCAGUCGUUGCCGAAAAAGAAGCACCUGCUGAAGAGGCUCCUGCUGAGGAUGCGACACCAGCUGCGGAAGCACCUGCAGAUGCGGCACCCGCUGAAGAAGCUGCUCCAGUCGAAGAGGCUGUUCCGGCAGAGGAAGCUGCUCCGGUUGAAGAAGCUCCUGCUGCAGCAGAACCUGUCCCAGCCGAAGAAGCGCCUAAGGAAGAAGCACCGGCCGAGGAAGCUGCACCAGUUGAAGAAGCGCCUGCUGCAGAUGCACCCGCUGAAGAAGCAGCUGCAGCCGAAGAAGCGCCUGCCGAAGACGCACCCGCCGCGGAAGUAGCAGCUGAGGAAGCACCAAAGGACGAAGCUACAGCCGAGGAAGCUGCACCAGUCGAAGAAGCAGCUCCGGCUGAGGAAGCCACACCGGCACCCGCUGAAGAGGCAGCACCAGUCGAAGAGGCUACCCCUGCUGAAGAGGCCGCUCCAGUCGAAGAGGCUGCUCCAGUUGAGGAAGAAGCACCGGUAGAAGAAGCCGUUCCAGCUGAAGAAGCUGCCCCCGCUGAAGAAGCCGCCCCAGUCGAGGAGGCAGCACCAGUCGAGGAAGCUGCACCAGUCGAAGAGGCGGCACUAGUUGAAAAAGAAGUUUCUGUGGAGGAGGCCGCCCCGGCUGAAGAAGCUGCACCUGUCGAAGAAGCAGCACCCGCCGAAGAGGCAGUACCAGCUGAGGAAGCCGCUUCUGCCGAGGAGGCCGCCCCGGCCGAAGAACCAGCCCCAGCUGAGGAAGCUGCUGCUGUUGAAGAGGCUGCUCCUGCUGAAGAGGCUGCUGUUGUUGAGGAGGCUGCCGUUGUCGAAGAGGUCGCUCCUGCUGAAGAGGCUGCUGCUGUUGAAGAAGCACCUGCCGCAGAGGCAGCUGAGGAAGCCGCUCCUGCUGAGGAAGCUGCCGUUGUCGAAGAGGCUGCUCCCGCCGAGGAAGCACCUCCUGCUGAAGAAGCCGCUCCUGCCGAGGAAGCCGCUCCUGUCGAGGAAGCCGCUGCUGUUGAAGAGGCUGCUCCCGCCGAGGAAGCACCUCCAGCCGAAGAACCAGCUCCAGCAGAAGAAGCAGCUCCCGAAGCUAUAACCGACCGCGCCAUCGUCGAAGAGCCAGAGUCAACCGAGCCACCCGGCGACGCCGUCCCACCCUCCUCCUCCUCCAAGCGCCGCUCCAAGCACUCCUCUUCUCACUCCUCCCGAAACCACCACUCCCGCUCCUCCCGCGACAAAGACCGGUCCCUCCCCCCUCCCUCCCCCGAAGCCGCUCCCCGCAAGCGCCGCGAGAGUGACGCGAGCAUAACCCAGUUCUGGAAAGGACUCCAGCCUAAACUACCCAAACGCCAUGAUUCGGGUAUGAGCAUGGGGAAUGGAGGGAAGGAGAAGGAAAGGGAUCGAGAACGGGAUAGAGAAGUGAGGAGGGAGCGCACGCCGGAGGAGCAGGCAGCGCAUGAUGCGAGGAAGGCGGAACGACGCGCCAAGCGCGCAGCUGAGCGCGAGGCUGCUGAGGCGGAAGAGAAGGCGCAGAGGGAGGCGGAGGAGGCGGCAGCGGCGGCGGCGCUGAAGGAGGCGGAGGAGGUGGCGAGGGUGGAGAAGGAGAAGAGGCGGGAGAGGCGACGGUUGAGGGAGGAGAAGCGGAGGGCGGAGGAGGAGGAUAAACUGCGUGUUAGGGAGGAGAAGAGGAAGGCUGAUGAGGAUGCUGCGAGGGCGAGUCAUAGGGAGAGGAGGAGACGCCAUAGUACUACCAACCGCAGUGAUGGGAAGAGUAGCCGCGCCGUCGACGCAGCCGAGAAGCCGAAUCUGAUUAGUCUCAAGGGUGAGAGUGAGAUUGGGCGCGAACGCAAGGCGGAGAGCGAGAUGGAUCGCGAGAUUAAGGGCGAGAGCGAGCUGGUGGGGGGGCGGAAGAAGGAUGCUGCUUCUCCGGCGGAUAGACCGAAGAGCUCGCAUAAUGGGAGUGAUCGCUCGCGCAAGGUGCGAACGCCGGAGGAGCAGGAGGCGCAUGAUAAGCGCAAGGCGGAGAGGCGGGCGGAGCGCAGGGCGAGGGAGGAGAAGGAGGCCGGUGGUGGGGAGCCGGGGCCGGAUGAUGUGGCGAGGGAGGAGGAGAGGAGGAAGAGGCAUGAGAGUCAUAGGGAGGAGAGGCGGAAGAGGAGGGCGUCGACGAUGGAUCAGGAUGUUAAGGAGAAGAUGCGCCAGGGGCCGAUUAAAGGUUUGUUUAGGCGCUUGAUUGGAGCUUAAGGGCGGGGGGAUAUAAACAACGGUUCAGACCAACUUGGGGUUUUUAUGCGAUUAUUUCGAUUUACGAUAUUGUUUAUGGCUGUUUUCUUUGGUUCUCUUCUCUUUCGAAAUGGAAACGCUCUUUUUUUGGUUUUAUUUGAUACUCGGGACAUGGAUGGCACUGGACGACACGCGAGGAGGGAAAGGCUGUAAUGGGGGUGUGCAUUUUGAAGUUCGUUCGCUUCUUCUGGUGUAUAAUCAUUCGUGUAUGGCAUAGUGUUUUGGUCUGAUACCGUGUUACGAUUAUACGAUGUUACGAUAGUUGGUCUCGUCGGGGAUGGGCUCUAUCCUGGGAGGAUAGGGCCUGUUAUCAUUUAUCAUUUGCAGCUUUUUUAUGAAAAUAUGAAUGGA